UUUUCGUCCUCGGUUUUCCACUUUGCCGGGUGAGGUCUCCAGGCAUCAUCCCAUCCCAUUACAGUCUAGGGUGCUUGUUCGAGGGCUGCUUAAAAAAAAAAAACAAAAAACGAAAUAAGCCUGCUUUGACAGUCCGGAAACUUGGACUCACGGAUUGAUGGCCUUGAACUUAACCACGUGUGCCCGAUCACGAUUAUCUUGUGGAAAUGUUACUAGUUUGUUCUGACGAUGAUCCAGUUUGCAAGAGUUUGUGGGGUUCUCAGUCCGUAUCUCGAAAAUUGGGGUGGCGAAGAUUUGGAUCAUACAGCAGAUGUCCAGUUACAUGCCUGGGGAGACACCCUGGAAGAAGCGUUCGAACAGUGCGCCAUGGCCAUGUUUGGCUACAUGACAGACACCGGCACUGUGGAGCCCCUCCAGGCAGUAGAAGUCGAAACCCAAGGAGAUGACUUGCAGUCUCUUCUCUUUCACUUUUUGGAUGAAUGGCUUUAUAAGUUCAGUGCUGACGAGUACUUCAUACCCCGGGAAGUGAAAGUCCUUAGUAUUGAUCAAAAUAAUUUCAAAUUACGGUCAGUUGGGUGGGGAGAAGAAUUUUCAUUAUCUAAGCAUCCUCAGGGAACUGAAGUCAAGGCGAUAACAUACUCAGCAAUGCAGGUGUAUAAUGAAGAAAAACCAGAAGUUUUUGUCAUCAUUGACAUUUAAGAUACCAAAUAAGAAAACAUGAAAGACACUCCAACGAGAAGAGUCUUCCUUUUAUAGAAGAUACUGUAAUAUAAAUUCUACUGUGUCAGUUGAUUGUGGAAAUGGACUUUGUUGUUCUCUUUUUUUUUUUUUAAAUCUGAAGCGUGAAUCUCAGAAGUGAAAAUAUCAGGGCACAGCAUUGGCCUAUGUUACUCAAGUGUUCAAACAUUUAAAAAUUCCUCUCAUGGGGCUGGAGCCAUAGCACAGCAGGUAGGGCGUUUGCUUUUGCACGCAGCCAACAUGGCCGACAUAGGUUCGAUUCCCAGCAUCCCAUAUGGUCCCCCAGCACCGCCAGGAGUAAUUCCUGAGUGCAUGAGCCAGGAAGAACCCCUGAGCAUCGCCAGGUGUGACCCAAAAAAAUUAAAAAAAUAAAUAAAUAAAAAUUCCUCUCAUGGCAAGUAUGGUUCCCCAGGUGUUACCUCUCAGAUGCAGCAGCAUUCCACCUUUCCAGUGGGAAUACAAGCCCCGAAGCCUGCUCCUCAGAGGGAUCCCACAUAUAAGCAGCACUCCAGGAAACCACAAAGUCUUUGCGCUCAUUUAAAUCCACUUUGAAAGAAAAGAAUUUUAAAAAAUUUAAAUUUUUUAAAGAAAGAAUAAUUUGAGAAAUCCAACAUCCAGGAUUUUACUUUUCUUCCAUAUUUUUGAUAUAUAUAUAUAUAUAUAUUUUUUUUUACAUGGACAUUAAAAACAGGUUGUGGUUUCUUUUUAAUUAUGUGUGUGUAUAUGUGUGGUGGUGCCGGGUAUCAAAUCCAGGGCCUUACAUAUGUAAGCACUGCAAGUGUUUUUCCACUGAACUACAUUCCUAGCCCCCAAAGAGCUUGAGUUUAAAUUUCUUUCUUUUCUUAUUUUUCUUGGGUUAAACCCAGCAAUGCACUCAGGAAUUACUGCUGGCGGUGCUCGGAGGACCAUAUGGAAUGCCAGGGAUCGAACCCGGGUCAGCUGCAUGCAAGGCAAACACCCUACCCACUGUACUAUCAUUUCAGCUUCCAUUUUGAGUUUUAAAUUGUAUAGGAUAGAGGGGGGAAAUGCCCACCAUCCUAUAUUCCAUUUGGUUUUCAUAGAAGAAGUAAUUGUAUUUGAAUAAUUGAAGACUUUUCUUCUAGAAAAAGCCCUGAGUUUUUCCCUCUCACUUUUGAUGCAUUGAUUUUCCCAUAAGAGUUUAGUGUGCAUAUAAAUUGACCUUUCCAGGGCGGGAGAGCCAGGACAUGGGUAAAGUGCUUGGUUUACACAUGGCAGACCCAGGUUGAAUCCCUAACAACCUGAAGUAAACCCUGAGAACAACUGGAUGUAGGCCAAAUAUCCAAAACAAAAAUUGUUUCCUUUUCCCUUGCCUUUUGCUGUUCACUGACCAAGAGUUGCACACACUUUUGCCAUGCUUGUGGGAGUUUAGGGUCCUACAUUGGUCCUGGUGCACCAGAGAUCAUGAAUAUGCCAUGCUGAGGAUCACAAACCAAAGUGCCAGGGGUCAAACAUGCUGCAAGGCUGAUACUAUGCUGAGCAUCCCUGACCCGUGAUUUUAAUAACCUUAACUAUCACUACCAUAAACAUAAUACUACUGUAACUGCAUUUUCUGAACUAUGAUAAUA